AUGGAUUUUGAACGCGAAGACUCUCCGCCACCAGCUUACUCCGAGUCGGACUACGACAAAAAGCUCUCUUCAGCUAUCCAGUUCUUGGAGAUUUCUGAGGAAACUGAAGAAGAAGAAUGGAACGAGGGUAGAUCUGAAGGUGUCUCGAGUUCAGGAGCUCAAGAACCUGCGCCUCCUGUUAAAAGCCCUUCUUCCCAUAUACCUCAACCUGCAUCGGCAAAGAUCAGUAACAGAGGAGUGAGAAGACUCCCAGUGCCUCCCCGUGAGGCAGUGGCGAAUAAUGAUAAGCCCACACGAGUCCACAGAAAAUCUGCUUCUUAUUCCUAUACGUUGUCUCCUGCUCCAAAGUCUCGUCCCAAAUGGCAUGGAGACGCAGAGGGGUCGAGUAAUGCUAAAAGUCCUGCAAGGUCAUUAAGGGCGAAUGUACCUCUGGAAAACCGUUCUCGUUCCCCAACAGCAUGGGUGCCUACAUACUCUUCUCCACAUCGUUCAGGGCCGAAAAAUGAUCGUGCUUUCUCCCAAUCCCCGCCAACAUCCCCUCUCACCCAAUCUUUUUCGUCGCAAACAGCAUCCCAUACGAGAGCUGUGUCAGUGUCACAGCUCAAUUUUGAUGCUUCUGUUGCGUAUAGUCAAUCAAAUUUCUCUCCGUUUAGCGCUGGUUCAACUCGCUUUGAACCAUGCCAUCAUCAUCCUCCGCACACCUUCAAUCCCAACUCGCUGUAUAACUCUGCUGUAUCAUCUCAUCUACAUGUCUCCUCAUCUGUACCUUCACACUUAAAUAACACUUAUGAUCAUUCAUCUCGGAGCGCUCUCCCACAGAAUUCGAGCGUUCCGUUCAUUGCUGCCAGGUCGUCUCAGACUACCUGGACGCCUCCAGUGUCAAGCUCACCACGUCGUCCCCAAUCACCAUCAUACAUAUCACAUUCCACUGGUGCCACCCAAUUCCCCCUUCACCCUUCACAAAUUACCAAUCCUACCCAGAAUGCCCACGACAGAUGGGCUACGUCUGAACACCAGUUUGUUCAUACUUGA